GGGUGGGGGCAAGCGCGCGCCCUGUGGUCGGUUGUUACCACCCUGGGCGCAAAGGCCCACCUUUCCCUUUCAGCACAAAUGUCUGUUUGUUCUGGGUAGUGCUGUUGUCUGGAGAGUUUGCUGGCUUCUUCCAAAGAGGUCUUGGAGACUCGGAAUUUACAACUUUCUCAGGCAAAUAGAUUCUCACCUUACAGCCUGCCUCCUCAAAGCCAAGCCACCCAGUAAGCCAACCUCCAACAUCCUCAGCAGGGCAUCCAGAUCCUCGAGAGCCAAGUGUGUUCACAUCAAACCAACACAGCACACAAUACAGGCCUUGCCUCCAGGAUGAUGACAGCUCAGAGGGGAAAACAGAUCUUGUAGCACCACCAGGUGGCAGGAGAGGGCUCCAGCUACUACAACCCCACACUGCAUGAGUGCCCAGAAAAUGCCAAGGCAGGGAAGCUGGUUGGGAUUCGAGCUGAUCAUCUCUCUGUGGCCACUCCUCUGAGUUUGAAGAGAGCCCUACUUAGAGCAUCAAGUCAAAAUGAACCAUCCUGUGCCUGGAGCAACUACAGCCUUGCUGGACUCUUGAUGAUGAGAGGAAUAAGACCUCGUGAAUAGGUUGAAACAGCCAGUUUCCAACGUCAGAGCCAUCCAGGGAGGUAAUGAACUUUUCAUAUGUAAUUUGGAAGCCAAGUCAACCACAAAAAUGAAGCGGGCAAAGAAUCUAUCAACCAUUAGUAAGAAACUUACAAGUGUUCCAGAAUUACCUUAUAAAAAGGGAUUACUUAAUUCAUCACCUAAGUUAAAAGAAAAACGUAAUGCCAAGGCACAGCAUGAUAAAAUCGAACCAAUGGUCCUAAGGUCUCCACCCACAGGAGAAUCACUCAUGCGGUAUGCCUUGCCUAUACCAUCGAGGAAGACAGAGGAUUUAAUACCUAAAGAUGAAAUGGUCAGGAGGAUUGCUAAACAUCUGAAGUUGGUUGUUACUGCUUUGGAAGACACAUAUGGAGUUGUUGAUGAAAAUCGAGAAAGAACAUCAGUGAAACUUAAGGAAGGAGUAGCUUUAUCUGUUGGUGAUGAUAUGAAUUCAUUUUUGUUAUGCUGCUCACAAUUGGCCACUCAGCUGGAGGAAGCAGUUAAGGAAGAACGGAAUACUUUGGAGUCUGUUUUCAAGUGGUUUCAGCAACGAGUCAACCAAAUGGAGGAGAUAAGUAAGGACCAAAGCAUUUUUGAAACAGAUCUUCCAUCAGACGAUAAAUCGGUCAAUGUAAACAUUACACAAAUAGCAAAUCUGAUACAUAAAUUUGAAGAGCUGAAAAGUCGCCUGAAAGGACAAAGGGGAUCACUGAUGUUGAAACACAUGGAUAAAGAUGCUCUGUCAGAAUCAAUGAAAACUUUUGAAGCUAUAGAGAAGCAAAUUGAAGAAUUCUUAAAAUCCCACGCAGAGUAUGAAUCUCAAGUUAUGUCUGAAAUUGAACCAGAAACUCCUUAUUCAUUGCCUCAACGGAUAACUGUGAUGAUUAAAAUAUUUGAAAAUCAGACAAAUAUGUUAGAGAGAGCUUUAAAUGAACAGAGUAUAAUUGAGACUAAAUAUAAACAGAUGGAAACUGAUUUUCAAGAAUUAUUAUUGGAGAAAAGUCAACUGGAAAGUGAAAUACAGAAGCUGAAAGAUCUAGAGAAAGCAAAACCUACAAGCAAAGAAGAUCGAACCAAGAAACCUGGAAGACUAGAAAAGAAAAAAGAUCCAGAAAAAAAGCCUCAAGGCAAAGAACUUGAACUGCAUCAAAUCCAAAAAGAAGCAGAAGAGCUGAAGAUGGAGAAGAAAGCCCUUCAGGAACAACUUAAAUUGGCUUUGCAGGAAGCUGAAAGAAAUAAGAAUCAUCUGGACUUUGUGCUACAUCAGAAGAUGGAUAUGUCUAAAGAAGACUGGAGUAGAAUGGAAAUGGAAUGGGGUGAGGAUUCCAAAUACUCCCCACCAGGGGAGAGAGAUGCACAGCUGGGUGGACCAAGGCAGGACUCUGACCAGAUGUCACCUGAAAAAAGCGAAAGAUUGGAGAAGAAACGAUCUAGCUCUGCUGAUUUAGACCGUUCAUCUUUAGAGGGUUACUAUGAUGUCUCAGAUGUUUCACCAUCCCCACCAGAGGUCUUUAAGUCAUUUACAGAAUUGCCAUUAAUUAAAGAGCACCUAGAAUCAACCUUGCCUCCGCUGAAAGAAACAAAUAUGUGGUCCUUGAUGUCAUUUCCUGAUCUCAUGGGAGAAAUUGAAAAGGCUGAAGCAUCAGAACAAGUCCUAUCUCAUACAAAAGCAGAAAACUUUGAAGAUGAAAGACCUGUACCAGAUGAUAAAGAUUUGCUGUCAGAAGCCCAAGCACCUACAGCGAAGCAACUUGCUAGCCAAGGGAGACGCAAACCACUUUUCAUCACUGCAAAAACACCUGAAAACUUGAAUAUCACUUUAAGAACACAACCUGAAAUUGAGAAUCUUGAAGCCGCCAAAUAUGAGAACUUGAAUGAAUCUGAAGAGCCAGAUAAAAAGUUUACCAAAGGCGAUAUAAGAUCAAAGGGACAAAAAGGUUCUAAGACUGGGAAACUAUAUGCCCCUGAUGCAGAUGUUGAUGGAGCACUCAGCCCCGACAGUCCAGGCUCAGUGUCAAAAGCAGAUAUUCAAACAAAGAAGCAGAAAAUGCACAAAAGAGAAAGACCCACUGUUUCUCAUGAAAUUCCAGACAAAAGUUCUGGACAUCAAGACUCAGAGCUAAGAUUCGAAAUCGAGGCAAAGAAACUAAAAUUUUUCAAACCGGAGAAUGUUCAUAGUGAAGUAUCAGAUAGAAGUAUUAAACUGGAAGACCAAAAUGUACAGUCAAGCUCCCAGGUCCAGUUAAAGAAGCAAAAAUCAUUGGGAGCAGAAAUAUUUACUAUUCAUUUUGCAGUACCAGAUGAAAGCCAUGUACAUUUACAUCAAGAGUCCUUGUCAGAAGCCCAAGCACAAGUAGAGAGAGCAACAACAUCUGAAGAUGUGAGAUUCACGGUUCCUUUAGAAUACCAGAAAAAAGAUGCACCCAUGGACAAUCUACUCCUUGAGAAGAAACUUCUUAUAACCAGAAACCAGCCUCAAAACAGGAAAUAUGUCCCUUCUCGGGAUGAUAUUGCAGAGAAAAAAAAUGUGAGUAGAAUCUUUAAAAAGGAAGACCUAGAAUCACAGAGCAUGACCCAGCAGAGCCUGAAAGCUCAGACUAAAUCAGUCACAGAAGUUCAGGAGGUACCCGAAUAUCCAACAACACUGAACCCAGUGAUUAGUGACAUCAUAUUUCGCUUGGAUAUGGACAAAGUGCGUGAGAAUGACCUACAAAACGUGAAAGAGAGUUUCAAACCACAUUUGUUACUAAAUGAAUUCAAGGCAACCUCAAAGAGUAGACUUGAGAUUUCAACAGCCGUAAAAGGUAUGCCUGCAAGACCCAAAUCAAAGAAGCCAGUGAAAACAGAGUCAAAGAGUAAGAAGGAUAUAAAGAUGGUUAAAGGAACAAAACUGCUUGGAACACUGAAAGAUCAACUUGAUAUGAGUUCAUUUCCAAAGAAAAGUUUUAGUCCAGGUGUGAGUUCAUUGAAAACCAAACCUCAAGAAAAUAUUAAUGCCAAGUACCAUCCACCAAUGGAAUUUCCAACAAAAGUGAUCAAUCUGUCACCCUUCGCCAGUCAAAGAAACAUGAAAGGCUCUUCACCGUAUGCAGAUGCAACCCCCAAACCAUUUUAUAGGACUUCGCGGGAAAAUUCAGGUAUCCCUGAAUCCUUCCAGCAUUUACUGAACAGAAAGAUUUCAGGGGAUCCGAACCCCAAAAAUGAAAACAAGAGAAAAGCUGAACAUGAAAAUCAGCUGCAUAGUUCAAUCACCUCUUCAAAAAAAUAUGAACAUAAAGGGCAGUCUAAAUAUCAAAAGACAAAGGAAAAAGGUACAGAGUCUCACCAAAACCUACAUGCUUCGGCAUCUCCUAUCAAAAAGCAGAAGCUUAAAGGCAAAGGAGUCACUGUAACACAGCCUAACCAUGUGAAGUUAGUUGCAAGAAGUGUUGAACGUCCAAAUAAUGUGGAGACGUAUGCCUCUACUCCAAAUAUCAAAGUCAUUAAAGUGCUGUCUAAGACCUCUAAUUUAGAUGAUGAAGAUGCUAAACUUUCCAAUAAUCUGCCCAAGUCAACAUCUGCGGCAAAGAAACCUACGAGUAAAGAAACAUCCAAAACCACAAAUUUAGACAAGACGAAUGCUAAAGUUGCAAACAAUCUGAAGUCAAAUGUGAAUGCUACAGGAAAUGUAGUGAAAGAGUCAUCUAAAAUGAGUAACUUAGAGAAUAAAGAAGUUGAAGGAUCAGGAAUUCUGCACAAAUCAACAUCUUCUUUGAAGAAGCGUGUGCACCAAGAGCCAUCUAAGACUAAAACGUUAGACAAGGAUAAAAGUACACCUACUCUGCACAACUCAACCAAUGCUAAGAAGAGGCGUGUGCUCCAAGAGCCACCUAGAACCAGUAAUUUAGACAAUCAUAUUGUUAAAGGAACAAGUAUUCUGCACAAGUCAGUCUCUGGCUCAAAGAAACAUGUGCCCAAAGAUCUGUCUAAGCCUAUAACCUUAGACUAUAAAGUUGCUCAACAUCUUAGUAGUCUUCGCAUUUCAACUUCUGCUACAAAGAAGAAUGUGCUCAAAGAGCAACCUAAACAUACAACACUAGACAAGAAAGGUGUUGACCUUCCAAAUAGUCUGGCUCCUUCAACAUCUGCCUCCAGUAAGCAUGGGCUUAAAGGACAGCCUAAAGCUACAACAUCAGACAAGGAAGGUGUUGGCUUUCCAAAUAAUCUGGUUCCUUCAGGAUCUGCCUCCAGGCAGCCUACGUCUGCAAACUCAGAUGAAAAGGGUCUCAAACUUCCAGAUUAUCUGCACCCUUCUGGUUCUACUACAAGAAAGCAUCUCCUUAGAGCAUUAAAUACUAUUCCGUGAAAGUGUGCUGCACGUCCAUCCACAGUUGAGAGAAAGAAUCCCAAGGGUAAGCACCCAUGAAGGUGUUCAUGGACACAGCGAGGCUAAGUGCCAUGGGAACCGAUGUGUGCAAAGCCAUGUGAGUGCUUACGGAACAGCAGUGCAGACGGCCCCUGAAGAACAGGGUAGGACCAGAUGAUGAGAGUCCUUCAAAGGCAACAGAGCUCCUCUCCACUCUUUGGAACACCUUGAACCUCUAAGAUCACCCUCUUGUUGCCGAUGUUCCAACUUGCUCUGACUAGAUAAGAUUCCUGCAGUACCUUCUGGUGUGGUGUAAUGGCAAUUAAACGACAUUUUGUGCUC